AUGCUGACUAGGCAGGCACGUCGUUGUUUCUCAUCGUCUGCGGUGCUCCGCAAGACCUUGGUGCUGGCCGAACACACCAAUGCGGCACUUGUUGACAGCACUCUCCCUGCCAUCACCGCUGCUGCCAAGCUGGGCGACGUGGAGGUUCUUGUCGCGGGCAAGAACUGCAAGGGCGUGGCCGAGCAGGUGUCCAAGCUGGAGGGUGUGAAGAAGGUCUUGGUGGCGGAGAACCCCGCCUACGAGCACGGGCUGGCGGAGGACCUCGCGCCCCUCGUGGCCAACUUCUCGAAGAAGGAGGAGUACACGCACAUUCUGGCGCCCGCCUCGGCCUGGGGCAAGAACCUCACCCCGAGGAUCGCUGGCAUUCUGGACAUCACCGCCCUCUCCGACGUCAUCUCCAUCGAGGGCCAGGACACCUUCAAGCGCCCGAUCUACGCCGGUAAUGCCAUCGCCACGGUGCAGUCCGGGGAGAAGCUCAAGCUCCUCACCGUCCGUACCACCGCCUUCGAGAAGGCCAAGGAGGGUUCGUCCUCGGCGGAAGUAAAGGAGAUCUCGGUCGAGGGCGACGCCAACACCAAGUCCACGUGGGUCGAAGAGAUGCAGCAGAAGUCUGAGCGCCCCGAUCUCACCAGCGCCAACAUCGUGGUGUCUGGCGGCCGAGCCCUCAAGUCCAAGGAGAACUUCAAGCUCAUUGAGGACCUCGCCGACAAGCUCGGUGGCGCCGUCGGCGCUUCUCGCGCUGCCGUCGAUGCCGGCUACGCUCCCAACGAGUGGCAGGUCGGCCAGACCGGUAAGGUGGUCGCCCCGCAGCUCUACCUGGCUGUCGGCAUUUCAGGCCAAAUCCAGCACUUGGCCGGCAUGAAGGACAGCAAGCUCAUCGUGGCCAUCAACAACGCCGCCGAUGCCCCCAUCUUCCAGGUGUCGGACUACGGUCUCGUCCAGGAUCUCUUCCAGGCUGUGCCGGAGCUCACCAAGGAGCUCGAGAAGGCCAAGCAGUGA